UUACUCCAUCUUCAUCUCAUCUUACACGACAUCAUGGCAAAUCUUCGAGUUCGGGAAAAGUCACGGCUUCGAGGAUAGCCACCGGCAAUGACGACGUCGAUCUCCUGGGCACUACCCUGUCGGAAAAACUCUAGCCGAACUGCACCAAUGAGGAAGACUUGCUGUAGAGCCGGUCCGACGACCCCAUACCUGGAGCGGCGACUACCCCGGGUUUCCAAUGUAAACACGGGUUUUUGAGCGGUAGCGCGCCCAUCAAGAGUUUCAUGUGGGGUAGUCGAUGAGCAUAUUACGAAAGACAAGGUUCUCCAGAAAUGACAUGUGCAACUAGUAACCAUGCAGUAUCGUAGCAUUGGUUGUAUAAAUACCUCGCAUCAUCAUCCCGCGAUGGACCGGUAUCCCCACCAAGGACAUCAGCCACCAUGUUCUUCCCUACGGCUAUUGCACUCGUUGGCCUUUUGACGUGCUCGUCCAUUGGAAGCCCGCUCAGCAACAAGAACGAGCUUACAAGUCGGGCUGAGACAUUUAACAAUCCAGUCUUGUGGGAAGACUAUCCCGAUCUUGACGUCUUCCGGAUAGGCGAUGUGUUCUAUUACUCGUCGUCGACUUUCGCCUUCUCGCCAGGCGCGCCGGUCUUAAAGUCCUAUGACCUCGUCAAUUGGACCCCAGUAACUCACAGCGUACCGAGACUGAACUUUGGCUCGCAAUACGACCUCGAUAACCCAUCGAACCGCGCUUACGUCAAAGGUAUCUGGGCCAGCACACUCAGGUAUCGAAAAUCGACCGACAAGUUCAUCUGGAUCGGCUGCAUCCAAUCCACUGGCAAGUCAUACAUGUGGACUGCCGGUGGAACCAAGGCAGCCGCCAACAAUGGCGAAGUUUCGAAUUGGAAUUGGACUGCUGCAGGCUCAUUUCCGAAGUGCUACUAUGACAAUGGACUUUUCAUUGAUGACGAUGACACCAUGUACAUAGUGUACGACAAAUACCAACUCAAGGUAGCCCAGUUGAAUGCAGACGGCACAGCAGAAGUCAGAAGUCAGCAAGUCUAUGAGGAUCCAAAUGGACUUUAUCUUGAGGGUUCGCGAAUGUACAAGAUCAAGGGGAAAUACUACAUCUUCGCCACAAAGCCAGCCGAUGACGAGUGGGUAUUGAAGUCGGACAGUCCAUGGGGCCCAUAUGAGGCGCGCAUUUUGGUCGACAGCAUCAAGGGGCCUUUGGCCAAUGCGGGCAACAGUCACCAAGGUGGCGUAGUUGACGACAAGAAUGGGAACUGGUACUACGUCGCAUUUAUGGAUUCCUAUCCUGGUGGACGUAUACCUGUGGUUGCACCUUUGACCUGGACGCCAGAUGGAUGGCCGGAAGUCGUAAGAGUCAACGGCGAGUGGGGCAAGACAUAUCCUAAACCAGUCACAACGGACAAAACUGUCCCUCCACCUACAGGUCUCGAUAAAUUCACCGGAACAGCUCUAAGCAAUGAAUGGGAGUGGAACCACAACCCCGACAACAGCAAGUGGAGCCUGGCAGGUGGUGCUGGCGGUCUCAAGCUCCAGACCGCUACCGUCACUACUGAUCUCUACUCCGCGCGCAACACCUUAACACAUCGCAUCCUCGGCCCGAAGUCAUCGGGAACCUUCAAGAUUGACAUCAGUAAGAUGGCUGUUGGUGAUCGUGCUGGUGCCGUGCUUUUCCGCGAUACUGGAGCGUACAUCGGUUUCCACAAAGAUGGCUCAACAACCAAGCUUGUCAUGGUCAACAAUCUGAAAAUGAACGCGGACUGGACCACGAACUCUACCGGUACUGUCGCCGCUACAGGACCUGCUCUCGCGUCCGGUAUCACAGAGUUCUGGCUCCGCGUUGAGUCGGACAUUACGCCUGCCUUUGGUACCAACACCAUGCGACAAACGACUUUCUGGUAUUCUACGGAUGGAAGCAAAUUUUUGCAGCUUGGCCCGGCAUUCAACAUGGCUAAUACCUGGCAAUUCUUCACAGGAUACAGAUUUGGUGUUUUCAACUUUGCGACAGCGAAGUUAGGUGGGCAGGUCACAGUCAAGAGUUUCGAGUUGAAGCUGGUGUAGACGCAGUAUGGAUUACGACUACAAUGUAACGAUUCUAUGAUUUAGUCGUUUUGUCUUGACCGAUCCUACGAACACAGUCAUGGAUACUUUCUCUUAGG